AUGACCAGGAAUGAACAUGUCAAUCGCAUCAGCUCUGUCAUGGGCUCGGGCAACAACAUCGAUACGUAUUCUGCUGUUACCGUAAAGUCCCAGCCCGAGUCUGAGCUUGGACUUGAGCCGCCUCAGCUUCAGUAUCAAUCUCAAUCUCAAUCGACCUCAUCUUCGACUGCCUCCACUGCUCCCGCUCCCGCUUCCGCCGCUUCUACUAUCUCCACUCCCACGCCCAUUCCCGCUCAUCACUCGCCUACUCCUAAUCCGGCACCAAAUACAAUACCAAAGCCAGAUCCAAAUGCUGAUACUGACGCUCUAACACCAACUCCAUCCUCCUCCGCUCCGACGCCUUCAUCCAGUACCUCUUACGUCUUCUCCUCAACGCCUCGCCGACGCCCUUCUCAUCCUGCUAAUUAUCCUACUCGCCUCAGCGCUGAUGGAACUGCUUCUUUGAGCAACCAGUGGUCCUCCUUCAAGGAUGAGCCUCAGCUCUCACCAAUUGCCACUGCCGCCACAAACUCAACCAUUUACGCUCCUCGCGCUGGUGCCAAUGCUCAAUCCAAAGACCGUCGCAUGAGCGACCUCGCCAACUAUCGACGUGAACUCGCCGUUCUUGAGACCUCCCGAGUACCCCAGAUCCAACAGAUUCCGCCCACCGGCGGCGCGAGUCCUCAGAUAGCACCUUGGGCGACCCAGCCUGGUUCCCCUACAAACACAUUCAUCAUGCCCACCACUUUCUUCAACGAAUCGACCGACAACUUGUCCCUCGCUUCCCAGCUUUCCCCAGGCCACCAGAUCAGUAACCGCCAGCAGCAGCAGCAUCAGCAUCAGCAUCAGCAACAGCACCCUUCGCAGCACGACGCUCCCGAUGCAUCCUAUUUCGACGGAAGACGCCCCUCCGCCGCCAGCAUUCUGAGUGCGAGCAGCCAGGGCAGCAAAACCAGCAUACGGGGUGGUUUUCGCAAGCUUCAGGGCUUCUUUGGGGAGGAAUUCCCUGGGCGCGAUAGCUCGGACGGUAGCCUACCCACUUCGCUCGCGGGCAAGGACCAGCGUGGACGCUCUUAUAGUCAUAGCCGCCCCACACAUAGAGAUCGCAACUAUUCCAAUGCCACGGAUCACACCCGUGAUGUCUCGCCAUCAUCUUCGAGACCAAGAACGCCCGUCCCAGCACCAGAGGUGGUGCCUUUUCUAUAUCAAGACAACAGUGACAUUGCGCGCUAUGGCGAGGCUCCCGUACGGGACAUAAUGACCGGGCCCGAUCGAGAGCGAUAUGCUGGUGACGGCUCCUCACAGGUACCCCCAAAGACAUCAUCAUCCUCGAGGUCCGGCCAUUCUAUUGCCCAUUUACCUGGCCACCACCGGCACAACAAGAGCAACGACGACCCUCGCACGCUCAGACCUACGAUGAGCAGGGACGAUACGGCAAUUGGCACACAAAUGUCGCGCGAUCGCGGGGCAGGUAGCAACGCAAUGUACCCAACAAGAUCCCGGGGGCAGAGCCCAACGCCCAGCACCAGGAGUGCAGGAAUGACCUGGAGCAGCUCCAAAUCUACGCAAGUCGACGGCCAAACAUCCCCUAGCCACAACAAUCAUGGCAAGCGCGGAUUUUUACGGCGACUCCGAGGACAUCACAAGGAAAAGGACGAUGCUGUUGCCAGACUUCGUGACCUGCCCCAAUCUACAAGGUCCCUACAGACAAAGUCUUCCAAGACCGAUCUUCAUCGACCCAGCGACGUAUCAUCGACUACAUUAGCAUACGCAGGCUCUAUUGGACCUGGUGAUAUGAUCGAUGCUACUGAUAUGCGACCAGCAACGGCACAACGGGGAGCGACCUUCAAUAAUAAGUUUCCUUUUGCAAAGAAGGGACGGCCCCAUCGACCUCAAGACUACACUGAAGAAGCAAUUGGCCCGACUGAUCGUAACGAUCCUAAUAAUAUGUAUCACCUUGACACCAAUUUGAAUGAUAUGGAGGGCAUUCUGACCAAGCCUCCUCCACUCACACCUAUGGACACUACCUUUGUCAAUAAUGUUGAGCCUGAGCGUCACGACUCCAUCAUCUCGACAGCACCUAAGGGCCGCUGGGAUGCCCCGGACAGUUGGGCAGUGCGUCGUAACACGGAAGACAACUCUUACAAUGGUGGUCCAGAGAUUGACGAGAUUGGCAGCCCACCUCGUCCGGAGGAGAAAGCAUCGCCGUACUGUAUCCGAAUUUUUCGUUCAGACGGGACAUUCUCCACUCACUCGAUGUCUUUGGAUUCAAGUGUCACGGAUGUCAUCUCCCAAGUUAUUAAGAAGACGUAUGUCAUGGACGGUUUGGAAAAUUACCAUAUUAUCAUGAAGAAGCAUGAUCUUAUUCGGGUUCUGACGCCGCCUGAGCGACCUCUGCUCAUGCAGAAGCGCCUAUUACAGCAAGUCGGGUACGAAGAAAAAGACAGGAUAGAAGAUCUCGGACGCGAAGACAACAGUUACCUCUGCCGAUUCAUGUUCCUGUCCGCAAGAGAAAGCGACUUUCACGCCAAGACUACUGACAUGGGACUGGCUCGGGCUCAGAAGCUCAACUAUGUCGACCUCUCUGGUCGUAACCUUGUUACAAUACCUAUAUCCCUAUACUCGAAGGCUAUGGAAAUCAUCUCCCUUAACCUUUCGCGGAACCUCUCACUUGACGUUCCCCGAGACUUUAUACAAUCUUGUAAACACCUGCGAGAUAUAAAGUUUAACAAUAACGAAGCCAGGAAGCUGCCACCCAGUUUGAGCCGAGCAAAUAAAUUAACGUUCCUGGACGUCGCCAACAACCGAAUCGAGCAGUUGGAGCAUGCCGAACUUAACGCUCUUACGGGUAUGCUCAAGAUGAACUUGGCUAACAACCGACUAAAGCACUUGCCCUCUUACUUUGGAGCAUACCAGUCGCUUCGCUCCCUUAAUAUCUCUUCCAACUUUCUCGACAAGUUCCCGACAUUUCUCUGCGGCUUGCCAAGUUUGGUUGAUCUCGAUUUGAGUUUCAAUGCCAUUGCAACGAUCCCUCAAGAGAUCGGUUCUUUGAGGAAUCUGGAAAAGUUGUUGAUAACUAACAACAGACUAACGCACGCUGUGCCUGCUACGUUCGGACAGCUCGUCAGUCUGCGCGAACUCGACAUCAAGUACAAUGGCAUUUCCAGCAUCGACAUCAUCUCGGAGCUACCCAAACUCGAGAUUCUUUCUGCGGAUCACAACUGCGUCUCUGCUUUUGUUGGACAGUUUGAAUCCCUUCGACAGCUCAAAUUGAACUCUAACCCCCUUAACAAAUUCGAAAUUGUGGCUCCUGUACCUACUCUCAAGAUCUUGAACCUCUCGAACGCCCAGUUAGCUAGCAUUGACUCGUCGUUCGCAAACAUGGUGAACCUAGAGCACCUGAUAUUGGACAAGAACUACUUCGUUUCUUUGCCCCAGGAAAUCGGUACUUUGGGCAGGCUCGAGCAUUUCAGCAUUGCCAACAACUCUGUGGGAGAGCUACCAUCACAGAUUGGUUGUCUCACAGAGUUGAGAGUGCUCAACGUCCGAGGAAACAACAUUUCCAAGCUGCCGAUGGAAUUGUGGUGGGCAAACCGACUUGAGACGUUUAAUGCUUCUUCCAACGUUCUGGAACAUUUCCCCAAGCCUGCUUCAAGAGCACCGCGAGUACCAGGGGAGGAAUCACAGCCAGCACCCCCUCCCGUUAAUGGGAGGGCAGCCCCCCUGGGAACUUUGUCGGCCACUGCAAGCUCCGAAGAACUGUCUGAUGAUAGGAGACCGAGUCAAAAUUCGAGCACCCUACUUAGUGUCGGACCGUCUCCACUCAAUGCUGGCGAUCGCAAGAGCUCUGUUGUGUCUGUCUACGGCAAAGGUGGCCGUAAGACGUCUGUCGUUUCUAGAUCUGCAACUCCAUCGGCCCCUACGCAGUCUAUUAACCCAAGGAAGGAUUCUGGAUUGUCAUCGAGGCUCAAUAACACAUUUGCAGGUUCUCUGAGGAAUCUUCAUCUUGCUGAUAACCGUCUUGAUGACGAUGUCUUUGACCAGAUUACGCUUCUAACCGAGCUCCGGGUGCUGAACCUGUCCUACAACGACGAAAUUAGCGAUAUGCCCCAACGAUCGAUCAAGAGCUGGCCGCAACUUGUUGAGCUUUAUCUGUCUGGUAACGCACUCACAACGUUGCCUGCCGAUGACCUCGAGGAGUCCAGCUUACUCCAGGCACUCUACAUCAACGGCAACAGGUUUACCAACUUGCCGGCCGAUAUCUCGCGGGCCAAGAAUCUUGCUGUUCUCGAUUGUGGCAGUAAUUACUUGAAGUACAACAUUUCAAACGUGCCAUAUGAUUGGAAUUGGAACCUCAACCCGAACUUGAGAUAUCUUAAUCUGUCUGGUAACAAGCGUUUGGAGAUCAAGCAAACAGCUACUGGUCCGCUAGGCCCUGGUGCUGUUAACCGCGAGGAGUAUACAGACUUCAGUCGUCUGCUUAACCUGCGUAUCUUGGGUCUGAUGGAUGUUACUCUUACACAGCCAAGUAUCCCGGAUCAGAGCGAAGACAGACGUGUCCGUACGUCUGGCUCUCUCGCCGGUCACCUACCUUAUGGAAUGGCUGACACGCUUGGUAAACAUGAGCAUCUAUCAACAGUUGAUCUUGUGGUGCCAAGAUUCAAUGCAUCGGAAACCGAGAUGCUCCUGGGUCUGUUUGACGGACAGGCCUUGUCUAGUGGCGGGUCGAAGAUUGCCAAGUAUCUCCACGAAAACUUUGGUCACAUCUUUGCCCUUGAACUCAAAGCAUUGAAGACACGCCUGAACGAGACUCCAGUUGAUGCCUUGCGACGAGCCUUUUUGGCGCUCAAUAAAGACUUGGUUACUAUUGCGAUUCAACAAUCGGAGGAACGGCCGCUUCAGACGCAUAGGAACUCUGGCCAGCCAAUCAUACUCACGAAGGAGGAUCUCAACUCGGGCGGCGUGGCAACCGUCGUUUAUCUACAAAGUACGGAGCUUUAUGUCGCAAAUGUUGGUGAUGCGCAGGCGAUGGUGAUCCAGACCGAUGGCACUCAUAAGAUGUUGACUCGCAAGCAUGAUCCUGCUGAGCCGAAUGAACGAUCGCGUAUUCGCGAAGCUGGCGGAUGGGUCUCGCGCAAUGGAAGACUGAACGACUUGCUUCAAGUCUCGCGUGCUUUUGGAUAUGUCGACCUGAUGCCAGCUGUACAAGCGGCACCCUAUGUCAGUAACAUGACUAUCCGAGAGCAGGACGACAUUAUUCUGAUUGCUACCGGAGAACUCUGGGAGUACUUGUCGCCGGGCCUGGUUACCGAUGUUGCGAGGGCCGAGCGGCAAGAUCUAAUGCGGGCCGCUCAGAAGCUUCGCGAUCUGGCUAUCGCAUAUGGCGCAUCAGGCAAAAUCAUGGUUAUGAUGAUCAGUGUGGCGGAUCUCAAGCGACGAGUCGAGCGAUCGAGGCUUCAUCGCGGCGCUAGUAUGUCGCUUUAUCCCUCUGGUAUACCCGACGAUGCUCAGGUCCUCAACAUCAGAAGAGGCCGAAGAACCAAAGGCGAUGUUCUCGACUCCUCACUCAACCGCCUUGAAGCGGAGAUUCCAGCGCCCACUGGCAAUGUAUCCAUCGUGUUCACCGAUAUCAAGAACUCAACAACACUCUGGGAAAUGUACCCUAGUGCCAUGAGAUCAGCCAUCAAGCUCCACAACGAAGUCAUGCGUCGGCAGCUGAGACGAAUUGGUGGCUACGAAGUCAAGACUGAAGGUGACGCAUUUAUGGUAUCUUUCCCAACAGCCACGUCAGCACUUUUGUGGACGUUUGCGGUACAGAUGCAGCUUCUUGAUGUGAAUUGGCCAUCAGAAGUCUUGAACUCAGUCUCAUGCCAGCCUAUAUUCGACAAGGACAACAGUCUUAUUUUCAAAGGACUGUCAGUACGUAUGGGUAUACACUUUGGUGAUUGUGUGAGCGAGACGGAUCCAGUUACUCGCCGUAUGGAUUACUUCGGACCCAUGGUGAAUAAGGCGGCUCGAAUUUCUGCCGUGGCAGAUGGCGGCCAGAUCACCGUUUCUACUGACUUCAUCUCGGAGAUACAACGAUGCCUCGAGAAUUACCAAGACACGGAUCGUGGCAAUGCUUCCGGCUCUGAGGAUACCUUUGGCGAAGAAGAGACCUAUGCCAGCGCGAUCCGAAAGGACUUGAGAUCCCUCACCUCUCAGGGCUUUGAGGUUAAGGAAAUGGGCGAAAAGAAGUUGAAGGGUCUUGAAAAUCCCGAAGUCGUGUACUCAUUGUAUCCUCAUGCUUUGGCUGGUCGCAUCGAGUUCCAUUCGCAGCAUGAGAGGAAGGAAGAAGGGGGCGGAGGCGAUAAGCCAGCUGUCCUUGCGCCUGGAACCGAGUUGUGUAUCGACCCGGACAGUGUCUGGACUCUUUGGAGAAUAAGCUUACGCCUCGAGAUGCUCUGCAGUUCAUUAGAAGGAAACGAGCCCCCAGGUCUUCAGCCACCCGAAACGGAGCUGCUCGAGAGGAUCAAACAACGUGGAGGCGAGGUGACGGAUCGAUUCUUGUUGAACUUCUUGGAACAUCAAGUAGCCAGGAUAGAGACCUGUAUCUCGACACUAGCGAUGCGCCACAUUGCCAUUGGUGGCGGAACUAUUAAGGAACUCGAGGAUCUUCAUGGUCCAAUGUCCGCCAUAUUAGAUCAAUUUAUGGCCCAGAACAGGGAAUUGAAACGUUACAGGAGGAAGUAUGGCGCGCUGCCCAACCCGAUAAGCAGCAUUAGUACCAGUGAAGAAGAGGAGGAGGAGGAAGAAGAAGGCGACGACGAUGAUGACGAUCCCGACACCGAAGAAGGGAGCAAUACAGAGCAAGAGUUGUGA